UCCAACUAUUCACCAUGUGUACAUACAUACAUAAUGGUUAUCGAUUCAUACUAAGAGUGCCAAUAAAAAGUCAUUAUUCCAUUUUGCAGUGUUAUACAGAAUGUGCCAUGUGCAACGUGUUUAAUAUUAGCUCCAAUCAGUGCCAAUAAAGGAGAAAAUAACGAUAUAUUACAAAUAUACAAGCAAUCUUGUAUAUAUCUUGCACGUGAUGAUUCUCUUCGCGAAUAUAUAAAAGUAUCUGAACCUCCUGAAUAGAAUGACAUGUCUCGUGCAAACAUCGCGUUAGAGCACGAAAUCGUGCGCGAUAAAUAUUAGCACGGUAUCCAGAGAAAUGGUAUGUGUGUUGCGGUUUGCCAAAAGUAUCGUAAAAUUGUAUAACGACUAGACCGAUAGCGCAAGACAUUAAUACUCUUUAACUUUUUUUUACGACCAUUAUAUAUUUCUGGUUAAGAGCGAGCGUUUUUUCUCCGCGAUAAAUAGCGUUGCAAUAUCGAUCGGCUUUGCAAUCGAAUCUGAGGCUGCAUAUUUAAGCUUGAGAUAUUACCAAAAAAUAAAAUAAAUUAGUAUAUUUAAAAAAGAGUGAGAAUAUUUUUAUUCUUUGGAUAUUAACUUGUGAAAGACAAUGCGCGAAGUCGAGAUACAGAAGAUCCUCCAGGACGAGCAGUGCUUCGAAAUAAUUCGCAAGAAGUUGCGACAGGACGCGAUGGACGACUUCUCACUAGUCAAUUACGAAAUCGUGCCGAUAAAUGAGGUAAACGGUUUCAUGGGUCAGUAUUUUACGUUAAAAGCCACCGUGGCUUGUCCGAAGUCACCACUGGAGACGAAGAGCAUCAAUUUCUUCACCAAGAUACCGCCGCCGAUCAGCAGUCCGCAGUACGACUUUGUUCAGCAAUACGGCACGUUCAAGAAGGAAGUGGCUCUCUAUACCACUGUAUUUCCGGAGAUGCUGGACGGUCUCGACAAGAGAUGCAUCCCAGAAUGUUUCCUCGGGGUCGAAAAUGACGUUAUCGUCCUCGAGGACAUGGCUCACAGCGGUUAUACGAUGACUGACAAGUCCACGCCUUUCGACUUCGAGCACUGCGAGAUUCUGAUGAAGACUCUCGCCAAGUUCCAUGCAAAGUCCUUCAUCUUCGAACAACAGUACAAGAAAACUUUGCACGACGAAUUCUCCCACUGCAUGCACGAAACCCUUUGGCCUGCGGACGGCAGGGCAAAAGCGAUGUUCGAUGCCGCCGUAAAGGGCAUCGUCUCGAUGAUCGAUUUAUUGCCUGGAUUAAACGACGAUCAGCGUAGUAAUUUCAAAGAGAAAAUCGUGAAACUGUGCGCAGAUCACACGGACAAACUGUCGCCGUCGAUGAAGCACAAAAAUGUACUAUGCCAUGGUGAUCUAUGGGCGAACAAUAUAUUGUUUAAAUACGAUGCCGAUAAGAAACCUAUUGAAUGUUGCCUUAUCGAUUUCCAAUUGGCAAGAUACAAUCCACCAGCGCACGACAUAUUGUGCUUCCUUCAAUUCACGACAACGCGACAGCUACGAGAGAAACAUAAUGAGACGCUUUUCAGAAUCUAUUACGAUUCCAUGGCGAUCGUCAUGAAGGAAGCUGAUCUGGAUGUGUCAGAGAUCUUUCCUUGGGACGAAUUCAUCGAGUCUAUCCGGGACUUACGCAUUACGUGCAUAAUUCAUGGUGUUCUCAACACACCGAUUAUGCUGUUGAAACCUGACGCGGCCAGUAAAUAUUUUUGCGAGAAGCCGGAACUUCUCGAGAGCGUUUUGUACAUUGAUAGAACGCCUCUCAUUUGCGAGCAAUUCAAGGAAACACCGGAUUAUCGUGCCCGUAUGAUAGACGGCUUGUUAGAGUUGUACGAUUAUAUAAUCAAUUAUAACCAUACGAUGCAUAAAAAAACCGUAACGAGACAAUAAGAUAUCAUAUACUUUUGGUCGCCACACAAGUGUAUCUUACAAGUCACAAAGUUCGAGACAAGUAGCAGAGUUGACUUAAGAUCAAUCAGAAGAGAAAUCUUGUGAUAUUAAUAGAUUCUUCAAUAAUAAUAAGAGAUGUAAAUUUAUACUUUUUGACGUCAAUACUAAUAGUUUCAACAAAUAAAGUACAAUAAACGUGAUGGUAUGUGUGCAAUAUAAAUAAAAUGCAACUAACGUGCUUGAUCUUCGACACAAUAGAAUAUCAAUUUCUUCAAAUUUUAUCAAAAUUGUGUAAUUGUUGUAAUUAAUAGUUUCAAAAGAGCGUAUUAUCUUUAUUCUUUUAAAAGAUCUUGUUUAUGUGAUAUUUCUAAAAUAUGAUUGUGCGAUUGUUAAUGACUGUAAAAUAAUAUAAAGUUGCUGACGAUACAAAUGGUAGACAUGAAAUAUAUCUUGUACUUACCUAUGCUAUACUUUGCCACAUAAAACUUCUCUACAUGUAACGUGAACAAUUGAUAUAUUAUUUUUCUAACAAAACAUUUUGCGGCAUUUAAUAAAACAAUUGCCAAAUUUAAAAUGGGAGUUAGAAACGUAUAAAAGAUGUCAUCAAUAAUGUAAAAAUUGAUUUAACGAUGCAUAUCUAAUUGUAUCGAAACAUAAAACAUUACGAUUAAAAGUAUCAGUUCUCUAUACAAAUUA